ACCGAGCAGCCGACAACAUCCGACUGGGAAAGAAAAUGAAAAUAGGUUAGGUUUGUCUUUUGUCUUGAUAAAAGUUAAUCACUAUUAGGCAUAUUUUGAUUUGCUACCGAUCAAUAUGCGAUUCACAAGAUUUCUUUGUGUAAGAUAUUCUGAAAUUGGGGAGCUGACAAAAAAGUUGGGCAAUUUCCCCGAAACUUACUUCAAAAGGAGAAUGGAAGUUAUCGAAUACAAGACACCCCGUGGAUUUCCUCAGUAUAGAAGAAGGACCUUGAAAAGAAAUGAUUAUUAUAUUGCUGAACAUCGACCAUGGACAGAAGAAUACAGACUUGACAAUCAAAUUGGUAGACCGCAAAAAAAACUUUGGGUGGAACCAAUAAAAGAUUGGAAAAUAUUUAAAGGAGAUCUGGUAGAGAUUCUUGUUGGCAAAGACAAGGGCAAGCAGGGAAAUGUGAUACAAGUGAUCCAAGAACGUAAUUGGGUCUUUGUGGAGGGGCUCAACUGUGAGUUGGAGCUAGUGGGAGAGUCCAAAACAGUGCCUGGUGUCUACGUGCAGCGGGAGAAACCACUUUUGGUCACCAAUGAAGUUGCACUUGUAGAUCCUAAUGAUAUGAAGCCUGCGGACAUAGAAUGGAGGUACACGGAGGAAGGACAGAGAGUCAGAGUGUCUUUACGAUCUGAGAGAAUCAUCCCGGUGCCUGUGGAAGCUCGGGAAACACUGGACUACAAAGAGAAACACCUCUACCUCGAAUCCCCUAAAGACACUAGGGAUGAUGAGAUACAAAAGGUGACAUUCAUACCUGAUCUGGAGACAUUUGAAAUGGCCAUUGCAAGAGAACACAACAUCCAAGAUGAUAGAGUACCGGCAAAAGUGUAUUGGUACUAGAUAAGUUUAUGUUAAUAUCUAUUUGUAGAUUAAAGUUGUAAUUGUUAUGUG